AUGAACGAGACAGAAGAAAACCGGUUGCGGUGCAGCAGGACUCCAGAGCCAGAUAUAAGGCUCAGAAAAGGGCACCAACUUGAUGAUAAAAGGAGAAGUGACAAUGACGUCCACCAAGAAGGAGAUUUGGAGCCCAUUUUAGAAGCACCUGUUCAUUCUUCUUAUUAUAAAAAAAAUUCUGAGGAGCAUGAGUGCAACGAUGAAGCCUCUCAGGAAGAUGAGAGAUUUAUGGGCAUGUCCCCUCUCUUACAAGCUCACCAUGCCAUGGAAAGAAUGGAAGAGUUUGUUUGCAAGGUGUGGGAAGGUCGAUGGCGAGUAAUCCCUCAUGAUGUCCUACCAGACUGGCUCAAGGAUAACGACUUCCUUUUACAUGGACACCGGCCCCCCAUGCCUUCUUUCCGGGCCUGUUUUAAGAGCAUUUUCAGAAUACACACGGAGACAGGCAACAUUUGGACACAUCUCUUAGGUUGUGUAUUCUUCUUGUGCCUGGGGAUCUUUUAUAUGUUUCGUCCAAACAUCUCCUUUGUGGCCCCUCUGCAAGAGAAAGUUGUCUUUGGAUUAUUCUUCUUGGGAGCCAUUCUCUGCCUUUCUUUUUCAUGGCUCUUCCACACAGUCUACUGCCACUCAGAAGGGGUCUCCCGACUCUUCUCUAAACUGGACUAUUCUGGUAUUGCUCUUUUGAUUAUGGGAAGUUUUGUUCCUUGGCUUUAUUAUUCUUUCUACUGUAACCCACAACCUUGCUUCAUCUAUUUGAUUGUCAUCUGUGUGCUGGGCAUUGCAGCCAUUAUCGUCUCCCAGUGGGACAUGUUUGCUACUCCUGAGUAUCGGGGAGUAAGAGCAGGAGUGUUUUUGGGCCUAGGCCUGAGUGGAAUCAUUCCUACCUUGCACUAUGUCAUCGCGGAGGGGUUCCUGAAAGCUGCCACUAUAGGGCAAAUAGGCUGGUUGAUGCUGAUGGCCAGCCUCUAUAUCACGGGAGCUGCCUUGUAUGCUGCCCGGAUUCCUGAACGAUUCUUUCCUGGCAAGUGUGACAUCUGGUUUCACUCUCAUCAGCUGUUUCACAUCUUUGUGGUUGCUGGAGCUUUUGUUCAUUUCCAUGGUGUCUCAAACCUCCAGGAGUUCCGUUUCAUGAUUGGCGGGGGCUGCAGUGAAGAGGAUGCACUGUGA